UGCUCGCUGUAUGGUUCCGCCCACUUGUCCGUCAUUUUGACUCUGUAUUAGCAUUGUUUUCAAUUGAUGGCGGAAUUUAAAAUGCAUUUCAUGGAAGACCCGGUGCUUUCUGAUGCCGCAAACUCACUGGAUCUGUUGCAUAAAAGGCGUUAUGAGGAAAAGCUUCGUUCUAUACAGUCGCCAGAUCCAUAUUUGAUGCCCAAAUCGAUGUUUUUCGACCCACUGUCUUCGCCCUGUCUGCCUGACAUCUGCUACGCUGAUAUUUACAAUUAUCUUGUCCACACAAAAUCAGCCUAUUCUCACGAAAAUUUGAAAAACUUCAAGCGCUUGGAGGCUUAUAAAUACUUCGUUGCUGGUUGGGUGAAACAGGUCCUCGUCCACGAAAAUUCGGCAGGAAUCUAUCUUGUGCUUGGAAAGUUAACGAGACCAACGAGAGGAGGCAACUACCAAUCAGCAAGGAGCAAGCCAACAUCCAAUCAGAGUUGAGAAGGCCAGCACUUCCGUGUUGCUGAUUGGCUAAGGGCAGAAGCGGCCAUGAGUGUGAAACUCCCAUUUGAUUUGACUGUCAACGCAUUGGUGUUUGACUCUCAUAAGUCAAGAACAGAGACGCCGAAGCCGGAAAAAAAAAAAAAAAAAAAAACCCACGACGAAGCAGCGGUUCUUCCGGAAGCACACUCUGCAAGAACAGCCAAGCCAACAUUGGACUUUUCUUAAAACUACAUCGAGUGGGGACGUGCAUUGAAAUUAAAUUGCAUGAAGAUAAGCUUCAAAUGUUGAAAAGAAGUGACUGAAGUUUGGAGUUCCCCUUACCUAUAUCUCUGAUGGCAGAGAUGGCCGUCUAGACCACGCUCCCCAUGACAACAUGACGUUUGCUUCAAUUUCUCCUGGAGACUGUGGCUCAUGGGUUUAUCUUGUGCAAUUUUGGCAUCCUCUCUGGCGUCGGCCAUGCAGACAAAGCUGUAAGUCUUGAAGGUGAAGCGGUAACACAAAUCCUGCCUUGUAACUAAAGCCAGCAAAUGUCAUCAUGCUGGCUGAUCCGGGCCAGAACGACGCUGAGGAUUAUCCACAUCGGAUACCGACACAGACACCCUGCACGCCUACAUGGCUGACCAUGCACCUGCAAUCCCCCCUAACGUCCCGCCUAGCCUCCAUUAAUGAUUCAAUGAUGAGUCAGUCACAUGGAGGAGAAGAUGAAGAUGAUGAUGAAGAAGAAGAGAAAGAAGGACAGGCACAAGGCAUCACCAAAACCCAAAGCACGACAGAGUACACACCAAUGAAUAUCCACAAGAGGAAGAAGCGGCACAAAAGGAGAAUUUGGGUUAACUUGACCAACUGCAAGUAUGAAAGCGUGCGGCGCGCUGUUCGUCGCUACGGCCUCAAAAUGGCGAAGGAAGGAGACGACUGGACGCUGAUGUGGUCCGACUGCUCCGUGUCGUUAGAGAGGGUGAAAGCCAUGAAGCACUAUCAGAAGAUCAAUCACUUCCCCGGGAUGAUCGAGAUCUGCCGUAAAGACACCCUGGCCAGGAACUUGAACCGAAUGCUGAAGCUUUUUCCCAAAGAUUACAAGAUCUUUCCCAGGACGUGGUGCCUUCCCGCAGACUAUUGCGACUUACAGGCGUACACACGUAUAAAAAAGCAUGCCACGUUCAUCUGCAAACCUGACACUGGCUCUCAAGGACGGGGUAUCUUCAUCACUAGGUCCAGUAAAGACAUUCAACCUGGAGAACACAUGAUCUGUCAGCUCUAUAUUUCCAAACCUUUGGUACUGGACGGCUACAAGUUUGAUUUGCGAAUCUACGUGCUGGUGACAUCAUGUGACCCGCUAAGGAUUUUUCUCUUCAAUGAGGGGCUGGCCCGUUUCUGCACUACCAAGUACACGGAACCAACUCAGAGCAACAUGGAUGAAAUUUGCAUGCACCUGACAAAUUACUCCAUCAACAAGAACAAGGAGAACUUCAUUCGUGAUGACAACACAGGCAGCAAGCGGAAGUUGACAACGCUCAUUCGGCAGCUGGAAGCAGUUCGCGCCGACGCGGACAAGCUGUGGGGCGACAUCGAGGACAUGAUCAUCAAGACGCUUAUCGCCGUGCAUCCCGUCCUCAAGCACAACUACCGCACUUGUUUUCCUAACCACACCAGUGCCAGUGCCUGCUUUGAGAUCCUUGGGUUUGACGUCCUGUUGGAUCAUAGCUUGCGACCUUGGCUGCUUGAGGUGAACCACUCGCCGAGUUUUACGACCGACUCGCCGCUGGAUCGCGAGGUCAAGGACGCUCUCCUGCUGGACACGCUUGGUAUCAUCAACCUGAACGCCUGCAACAGGAGCAAAAUCACCAAGGAGGAGCGCAGGCGGGCCAAGGAACGUCUGCAGGAGAACCGCUCGCGAGCGGCAAGAUCCGAGGAGCUGCACCAGAGUCAAGCGGCCUCGGUCAAACAGACGGAGAAGUACGAGAGCAAAAAUCUGGGAGGCUUCAGGAAAAUCUUCCCCAGAGAGGACGGAGACAAUUACACCAAGUUCUUCAGGCAAGAAAGCUCGCUGGUGCAGGCUACGGAAGCUUCCAGAGCUCGACAGGAGUGUGCCAGGCAGCAACUGCAGGAACUGCGUGAAAAGCAGCAUCCCGGCACUCGGAAUCGCUUCUCACAAGGAGAAACAGCAGGGGAGCGCUCCAAACGCAUCAAACCACGGACGGCGCACCACGGAGCCGCCUCGACCCACACGCUUUCCUCAGUAAAAAUCUGUGAGCUGGAAGAGGAGGAUGAAGAAAAAGAAGAAGAGGCACGGGUCAAUGCGCUGAUCCAGAGGAAGAAGCUUCUAGUGGACCUCGGGCUCGCCCAGCACAUCCGCCAGCUGCUGCAUCCGGAGGCCUGUGACGACAUGACCCCACGCCAGCAGGGGCUGCCGGCCGCGGGGAAACUUUCAAUGCUGGAGCCUUUGACGCCAUUUUCUGAAAAGACCAAGGAGUUGCCCUAUGUUCUAACAUGUAGACAGGGCUUGCGGAGGCCUUCGAGUAAGAAUUUCAAUCCUCUAGCCUCCCUGCAAAACGACACAGAAGGCCGCCAGCACGAAGCAUGGACGCUUGGUACUAUUAUGAUCCCUGGUCCAGGUCACUGCUUGCCAAACGUCAAGAUCCCCGACCCGCGGCCCCUUCAAGACGGCGUCCCCCUUGUAAAAGGGAUCUCCAAAAGACGUAGUCCCUGUGGGCAACAAGACCCCGUGGACUUACCGGGGCUCCUGAUCACCUCCUUGUGCCCCCCUCGCCUCACCCGGUUGCCUCCCCUGGAGGAUGAAGGACCCUGACAGUGUGGGCCACCAAACCACAUGCUUACUAUGAAACUGUGAUCAAAUCUCUUUAAAUGAUUUGAUUUAUUUUAAACUAAUCUAUAUUGUUUUUAACUAAAUAUUUGUGCCAAGAAAAGAACUCAGGGCGAAAAUAUCUCACUGGGAUUACAUUAAUAAAUUCCUAUUUAAAUAAAAUGAAUGCUACUGUCAUUAUUGUAGGAAUUAAACUUCAGCAAACCUGUUUCUAAUGUUGAUUCACA